AAGUGAUCCAACUAAGUCGUCGAUGACUAUAAGCUUUUAAGUCUCUCGCUAGACUGUCCACAGAUUUCUUCAUCUUCUUUGUCUCUUAGCCUUUCUAUAUUAUCCACCAUAUCUUUAAAUUUCUUUUAUAAUUUGCUGUAUAGCCUAUAUAAAUGCAUAACCAUGAGUGACACUAAUAAGCAAAAUAAGAGGGAAUAUUAAGAUGACAUCUACUAUGGUUCUAUUCCUCCUUCUUCUUCUUGUGUUUCCGCAUAUGGAUAAAGCCCUAGGCGCACACGAGGAAUCCCAGAAACAAGGUGCAGAAAAGACUUACCAUGAUGCACGCUUUACUAUUCCUAUUAAGCCAAAAUAUAUUCCUAAGGUUAUACGCCCUACGCCAAAAGAUCCGCCUAUUCCGGAAUGUCUUCGAAAAGGCACAUGUAGUCGUCUUCAUUUAUCUCCUCCUCCGCCCCAGAGGUCUUUCAAAGGCACAAACGAACCUGGUCAUUGACCUCAAUCUAGCUUCGAAUGCGUGUGUGUGUGCAUGUUUCUUACAUUGUGGUUUGGUUUGUGGCUUCUGUCUUUGUUUACCUAUGCAUGUGUUUGUCAUAUUUUAUAGUUUGUCGAACGGCCGCUAUAAUAAAUAAAACUUGUAUUUCCUUUUGUGUUAUAAAACGCCUCUUAAUUACUUACGUUGGAUCGUUUAAACUCAGACAUGCUAAACCACAAAGGCCAUUAUCCUAUAUAUAAAAGAUGUGGUGUCUCUCGAGCGAUGACACAC